GAAAUCUUUAAUGGCAGGAUGAUUAACCAUAAGGCAGUGCAUUUAAAAUUUCGCUUACUCUGAAGCACCGAACAAAUGCGCAAGCGUCAGGGUUGAUGACGUCCCCAAGUAUCACGCAUGCGCACAGUGCACAGAAGGCCUUGCAAAUACCGGGUGCAGGUAAGAGCGAUCCUCUACGUUUUUAAAUAAACAGCGACUGAGGGACGAUUCCUGUGAAAUCCGGACACCCUCACCCGCAAUCCCGGGACAGUCCUGCUCAAUCUCCUCUCUCUCAGCCCCACGAUCCGUACACGGGCCCCGGGGAGCUUCCGGCUGAUGAGGGAAUGGGAACCGAUGGAUCUCUCAGACAGAGCUGAUCUCCAGCUAUAUAAAUGCAAGGAUCAGGAACUCGGAGAAAGGGAACAAAAUCUUUUACAUCACCAGUUGAGAAAAUCACCUUUGUUCUUUCCUCAAUCACAAACAAGAGAACAUCUGCAGAUGCUGGAUUGCAUCUGGAUUGCUGGCAACACAAAUUGCUGGAUGAACUCAGCUUUAGUACACUUUUCCAUAGAUGCUGCCCGGCCUGCUGAAUUCCUCCAGCAUUUUGUGUGUGUUCUUGUUCUGGACUUUUCUACCGGUUAAAAACGAGAAGGAAUUUGUCUCCUGGAAGCUCAAACAUGACACGCCAGUUUUGCUGUCUCUGUCUAGAUAUUUAAGAAGUGGAGCAAGGGAUUCAAUCGACCAUCCUUCCUGCUCAGACUGUGGGGACGGAUUCACUCGGUUAACUGACCAACUGGCAUGUCUGUCAUUUUACACAGGAGAAAGGCCAUUCACCUUCUCAGACAGUGGGAAUGGAUUCACUCGGUCAUCUCAACUGAAGGUACAUUAGCAAGUUCACACUGGGCAAGGCCACUCACCUGUUCUGUGGGUGAGAAAGGAUUCAAUCAGUUUUCCCACCUGUGGACACACCAGUCAGUUCACACCUGGCAGAAGCUGGUCAUCUGCUGAAUUUCUGGGAAAAAGAUUCACUCAGUCAUCUGACUUAAUGGCUCACCAGCGAGUUCACAUCAGGGAGCGGCCAUUCACUUGCUCAGUCUGUGGGAAGAGAUUCAUUAAAUCAUCCCACCUGCUGAGUCAUCAGCGAGUUCACACUGGGGAGAAGCCGUUCACCUGCUCAGAAUGUGGGAAGAGAUUCUCUGAGUUAUCCAACCUACAGAAUCAUCAGCGAGUUCACACUGGGGAGAAGCCAUUCACCUGCUCAGAAUGUGGGAAGGGAUUCACUCAGUCAUCCCACCUGCAGAGACACCAGCGAGUUCACACUGGGGAGAAGCCGUUCACCUGCUCAGACUGUGGGAAGAGCUUCACUCACUUAUGCAACCUACAGAAUCAUCAGCCAGUUCACACCGGGGAGAGGCCAUUCACCUGCUCAGAAUGUGGGAAGGGAUUCACUCGGUCAUCCCAUCUGAAGGUUCAUCAGCGAGUUCACACUGGGGAGAAGCCGUUCACCUGCUCAGUCUGUGGAAAGGGAUUCACUGAUUCAUCCACCCGGCAGAAACAUCAGCGAGUUCACACUGGGGAGAAGUCGUUCACCUGCUCAGAAUGUGGGAAGGGAUUCACGGAUUCAUCCUGCCUACUGGUACAUCAGCGAGUUCACACUAGGGAGAAGCCGUUCACCUGCUCAGAAUGUGGGAAGGGAUUCACUCAGUCAUCCAGCCUACUGAUUCAUCAGCGAGUUCACACUGGGGAGAGGCCCUUCACCUGCUCAGAAUGUGGGAAGGGAUUCACUCAGUCAUCCCAUCUGAAGGUUCAUCAGCGAGUUCACACUGGGGAGAAGCCGUUCACCUGCUCAGUCUGUGGAAAGGGAUUCACUGAUUCAUCCACCCGGCAGAAACAUCAGCGAGUUCACACUGGGGAGAAGUCGUUCACCUGCUCAGAAUGUGGGAAGGGAUUCACGGAUUCAUCCUGCCUACUGGUACAUCAGCGAGUUCACACUGGGGAGAAGCCAUUCACAUGCUCAGAAUGUGGGAAGAGAUUCACUCAAUCUUCCACCCUACAGGCACACCAGAGAAUUCACACUGGGGAGAAGCCAUUCACUUGCUCAGUCUGUGGGAAACAAUUCACUCUGUCAUUCCAACUACUGAAACACCAGCGAGUUCACACAGGGGAACGGCCAUUCGCCUGCUCAAAAUGUGGGAAGAGAUUCGCUGGAUCAUCCAACCUACAGAGACAUCAGCGAGUUCACACUGGGGAGAAGCCGUUCACUUGCUCAGUCUGUGGGAAGGGAUUCACUCAGUCGUCCCAACUGCUGUCUCACCAGUCAGUUCACAAUGGGGAGUGGCCAUAGUUAUGAAUCCCUGGGUUUCGUUUGCUGCGGACUGUCAUUUUAAGAGAGAGCGAGAGAGAUUACGAAGGUGUAUCAGUCUGACUUGCAGCUUGUUUACAUCCCUUGCAGCUUGUUUCGUUUUAACCAAGGACACAGACAAUCAGAGUCAGACAGAGACGAAGGAGGAAAAAUGGAAGGAUCGACACCUGGGAACUAGAGGCCAAAUAGAGGUUUGGAACUUUCCUAUGCCCACAAGGUCGGGUUAAUUAUCAAUUCACCAUACAUCAAAUUUGUAGUUGUCACCGUGUUUGAUCCAUAGGAGUGGAUCUUAUUUGGGGUGUCCUAUGAAGACCACUGAUGUGUUAACCGUUCCCUGGGUGUGGUGUGGUAAUUCACUUGAAGACGAUACCGCUUGUGACAAGUCACUUUCGGUGAUAAAUCUUAUGAGGGUUUGGAAUGACGACAAAAUCGACAGCGACUGUUGUGUGGUUUUACCACCAUGGAAUCUGUGGAAUUCAACAUAAUUGCCUUCUCUCAACAUUUACCCUGGAUUUCAAAUAUCUCUCUCAUCACCUAUUCUGUGGUUGAACUGAACUUUCAUAUUUUACCAUCCCAAGACUCCAAGCCUUGUUUCCCCCGAGCUCAAUAGUUUGGGAGUUUUAUUUAAACACAUAUAUACACAUAACACUGUUAACUUUUGUUUAUCUUGCUUAAGUUACUAUAUUACAAGUAGAUUCGAAUAAAGAUAGUUUUAACAUCAAAAACAGACUCCAGGUAUAGUCUAUUGCUGCUGGUUCGUUUCUAAAACGUUAUGAUUCGUAACAAAAUUGGGGCCUGCAUCCAGUAUAUGAACAGAUUUGGGUGCGUAUUCAUUAAUUAUCAAUUUCAUCCCUUUUCAUUUAUUGGUGUGUGGAAAAUCAGCAGCAAUGGAUGCUGAUAGAUGUCUGGAAGCACCAACCUCUGAGGCAUUAGAGGACGCCAGAAGGAUUGAGUUGUUGAGCCUUGCUAGAAGGGUAAAACUUGCUAAGGUGAAAUUGACAAUGAGGAGGGCACAGAUGCAGAGGAUAACAGCUGAACAUUAUGAAUUUGUUGGUGUUUUUAAAGUGGAGGAGUUGGAGGUGUUUCCUGAAAGUAAACCUAGUGAGCAUGAGCUCCAGUACAAGUGAGAAAAAUUAAACUGGAGGCUGCGGAAAGGCAGAGGC